GCCAGUCGUGUGAGUGACGGUGUUGGGGACGGACGCACCUCUCCCGCCUCUUCCUAUCUCUCUUUUUUUUUUUUGACUCAUCUCUACAGACGGAACAGAGAAGGAUGCGAACGUGGGUGGUGUUGGUGAUGACAGCCGCUGUACUGAGGGAGGCCGAGGGGAGAGAGAGAGAUAAGAGAUACCUGUUCAUCAACCCCUCAGCCCCCGUCACCCUCGGUUUCCUCGUCAACAUGCCAAUCUCUCUGGCACUGCCUACUCUCGCCCCAGUAAAUUCAGGGAGGUCGUUCAACCCCAACGGCCUGUAUGAAGGAGAAGAACUGCCGGAGGACCUAAUGUGGGAGCCGGCGUACGAGCAGUCUCUGAGCCGGCUCUUCGCCUACUUCUCCCAUCUUGACCUAUCAACAAUGUCGUGCCAGGAGCAACUCAUCUGUGAACUGAAUGCUGAGCCUGAGAGCUUCUCCCCCAUCAGUCAAAUCUUCCUGAAGGAGCUGAGGCUUCUAAACGGACCAGUGGAAACGACAAGGGAAUCACUGAUGUGGCGGUACGUCUCGGCCGCGCGCGAAGGGUUCGCAUCCCCCAUAGAGAGGUGCUCCGCCGCCUACCCCAGCUGCCCUAUGGAGGCCGACCGUAUCCUCAACAUGCCCGUUCUGAGGGUGUGGCAGUACAUAGCCUCAAAACUAAAUAUGCAACUUAUUUAAAGUAAAUAAACUGUGCAGUCAGAGCUAAGUUAGCUGUUAAGUCCACGACGGGUUCAUCAUAGCCCGUGCUACUUCGAACUUUUGUUCCGAGUAGCUGAAACUAAUACAACAAUGUUUAGCUAUAGCAGCAUACAACCUGUUCCACGAAUACUACAAUUUGAUUAGUGUAUGCUGUAUAAUCUCAACCCAUUCUCCAUACACAAGAAUGCUUAUACCAACAAUUGGUUGAACUUACAAAAAAUUGACUGUUGCAUCGAAAAUUAUUUCACUUUUUGUAUCAAUGAAAUACUCCAAAAUGACAUGCCAAAUUCAAAUUCAAAUGAACUCCCAAUUCAACCUAACCUAGCCAGUCCUAGGCCUCAACAAGCAAUCCUAGGCCUAAUAUUCGCCAUCCUAAGCUUAACGUAGUACACCUAUGUACUAUACAGGUCCUAGGAACGUUUAAGUUUGGUUGUUGCCUUCUUUUUCUCGCCCUUUUCAAAACAAUUAGUGGAAACGUUAACCUUUUCUUUCAGUGCCCGUUCAUUUUGAGUCGUUCGACCAACACCAGAUGCAAGUGUUAUCAUAUUAGAUAACAGGUGCAGACGGUGAGACACAAUGACGUGGCUGGUGUUGACCAUCAGACCACACACCACAAGAUGAAGAGACCACGAAGUUUCGGUCCGUCCGGAAAUGGACCAUUUCAGAACGGUCUAAUGUUUCGAACCAUUAUCAAGUCGAUUGUGAUAAUGGUCCAGGACGGACCGAAACGUCGUGGUCUGUUCAUCCUCUGGUGUGUAGUUUGGUCAUCAUAGGAUACG